GGGUCGCAGGAGAUAAUUAAGGAAAGGAGGAUUUAAAUGGUAAUUUCGCUAAGCGACUUAAACGUAAUUAUGCGUAUAAUACAUUAGUCGACAUUAAUGUUCCUUAGAAUAAUAAUCAAGAAGAAGACUAUUUUUAUAUUAUGCACGUGCGUUUUCCUAUAUCACUUAUCGAGAAAAAUAUUUCCCAUUCGUAUCGACCCGUCGGAGGAUGCUUUCUUAUCGGUUCAUCUGUGUCCCGCUUGCUACGGUCAGAACAUAUGCCCCAUCUUCUACCACAAUGACUUUCACUUCGUCGGCGCCAGCAAACUUCGAAUAUCUCGACUCUUCAACGAAAAAAACGUCUAUUACGGACAGGUAAGGAAUCGCAAAGUCGUGGCCAAGAAAUUAGCCCACGAUUCUGAACUGAAAGAAACCGAUCGACACCUAUGCAACGUGGCUACCGGAAUAUCCGACUGUGAUGUCAGAGAAGCUGUGAUAAAAAUCGUUUCCCGCAGCGCCCGUCUUCCCAAGAACCGGAGACUGUCCGAAGUGGUCGCCCGGGUGGGCGGACUGACCGACGCGGUCAGGUGCCCCUCCGAGAGGUUCCUGACUUACCUGCACGACAGGAUAAUAGGAGGCAAGGACGGUCCGCCGUACGAGGAGGCGUUGGCCGAACUGGCGUACGGCCUGAGCGUCAAUCCCGAACACUUGAUACUGGAACUCACUGAAGAUGGGAAAAAUUGCUGGGUGCCAAAUCUUCAUUAGUAUAAGGGAUGGGAAAGUAAGAAAUUACUUUUCAUAGAUCCAUUCCAUUUAUGUGUUCUGCAUUAAUUGUUUCACUGUUAUUAUCAAAAGUCUUUUCCACAAAGUGAAGGUUGGCCAUUUUCGCAAUACUGGGGUGCCUGUGGACGUGUUGUGGUUGAGGAAUUCGUGGGCUAUUCAUUGCACGAUUAUGAAGAUGGAACUUGGGAUCAGCGUUUACAUUUGGCAUAU